CAUCAGUAAACACGCGCACCACCGGGAACUUCUCUACGCUUGGUCUCCAAGCCCACUUUCUCGUCCAGUCGCAUAAGCAACGCAUCCAUCACCCAGCGCUUCUUUUCGCAAGUAGCAGCAACCAUGAAGGCACAAAAGGGCACCAUCCACAGCAUCGAAGAUGUAUCUACGUCAGACACCAAGUGGGUCGCUCUUCGCAAGAUCAACUGGACAGACCAAAGCAACAAGUCACGAACCUGGGAAGUCGCUUCACGCAAGACCCGCGGCUCGGCUGGUGUCGACGCAGUAGCUAUGGGCAACAUCAUCCUCCACCCGAGUAAACCACCUAACACGAUCCUCGUACUUCAAUACCGUCCACCGAUCGAUGCCAUCUCGGUCGAGUGGCCCGCUGGUCUGGUCGACGCAAACGAGAGCGUGGAAGAUGCGGCCGUCAGAGAGUUGAGGGAAGAGACUGGAUAUGAAGGCAAAGUCACAUCUGUCAGCCCCAUUGUUUCGGCAGACCCUGGUAUGACAAGUGCGAAUAUGCAGCUGGCUAUGAUGGAGGUGCACCUCAAGGAGGGAGACAAGGAGCCUGAACAACAGCUUGAUGAGGGUGAACACAUUGAGCGUGUCGUUGUGCCGCUGGCUGACCUCUAUGAGAAGUUGGUCGAGUACAGCAAGAUGGAUGGGUACAUGGUCAGCGCAAAGUUGUUCCAUUGGGCUCACGGUGUACACAUGGCCAAGACGAAGAGCUACCUGUAGAUGAUAUGAGUAAUGAAACCAACGAUGCUACAAUG